UUUGUCUUGCUUUAAUGUUUGAAGCCGCCACAUUGCAAGUAUGAAGUGAACUCCCCCAUGUGUGUAUCCCUCCAAUAAGGAUGAUGACAAUAUUAGUACGAUUAGGGCAGAAGGUGAAUGUAACACAAUUCCUGUUCAAGAAAUCCAAUCAAGUUCAUUCCUCAUUGUCAGAGAUCCCAUAUGGACCAUUUAACUCCUCCCUACAAAGAAGAUGGAAGAAAUUGCAAGAAACUGCCAAAACCAGGAUGCAGGAACAACGAACCAGAGACCAUAAACUAGACAAGCUAGUCCUCCGUCUCCGCCAACUGAACCGUGCACUUUCUCUCCAGCAAAUCAUGUCAACUAGAAAACGCGGUCCUUAUGUCUCACUUCAGAUUAUAUCGCGUUGGAAGAAUGUUUUAAGCCUCAACAUCCCACCUGGCAGUUUUAUUCGAAAAUACCCGCAUAUUUUCGAAGUAUUUGCCCUCCCACCGAGGAGGAAUAUGUGUUGUAAAGUCACUAAGAAGAUGAGGGAUUUGAUUCGAGAAGAAGAGUCUAUCGUUAGGGAAUUGGAAUUAGAGAAUGUAGUUCGGUUGAAAAAGAUAUUGAUGAUGUCAGUUAACGGGAAAUUGAAUAUUCAUGCUUUGAGGCUGAGUAGAAGGGAAUUAGGAUUGCCUAUUGAUUUCCGGGAAUCUAUACUUUCUAAAUAUAGCGAUGAUUUUGUGUUGAUCGAUUUAGAGACUGUAGGGUUAGUUGAAAGCGACAAAAAGGGAUUGAGAGGAGUUGCAGAGGUUGAGAAAUGGCGAGAGAAGGAAUUUAGAGAGAAAUGGCUUAGUGAGUUCGAGACUAAGUACUCGUUCCCUAUCAAUUUUCCUACUGGUUUUAGUUUCGAACCGGGAUUUAGAGAAAGGUUGAAGAAUUGGCAGAGGCUGCCUUAUGUGAAGCCUUACGAUAGAACAGAAUCAGUCAGAAUAAGAACAAACAAAGGGAAUGAUCAGUUUGAGAAGCGGGUGGUGGGUGUUCUUCACGAAUUCUUGUGCCUGACUGUUUCGAAAAUGAUUGAGGUUCAGCAGUUAGUUCAUUUUCGAAAAGGUUUAGGGAUUGAAGUUAAUCUUCGUGAGGUUAUUUUGAAGCAUCCGGGUAUAUUUUACAUUUCAACUAAGGGAAAUGCAGAGACUGUUUUUCUGAGGGAAGGUUAUAUUGGUUGGUGUUUAGCUGAACCGAAUUCUGUUGACACUGCUAGAAGGAAAAUGCUAGAGCUGAUCUUGCUUGGAGUUCGAAAUACGAAACAAUUGAGAACAAGAACCGAGAAUGAAAUCAUCAUCGAUCAAAACGAGCUCGAAAAUGAGGAGAAUGUGAAUACAAAUGAAACCGAGAAUGAUUGGGGAACAUAUGCUGGAGGCUGGGCUAUUCCGAUACUCGAUACUUUUGAUGCCAAUGAAUGAGCAAAAGAUAUAGAAUCAUUGUUUUCUAACUUGUAUAUUUGGUGUGUUUUGAGAGAUUUAUCUUAGUUUUCUUCUCAUGUGACAUUAAUUAACUUCUAGAUUUGAGUCAUGUUGUAAUUGUAUUUUGUUAUGAAGUAUUUAUAAUUAUUCAAAUUCUUUGUUAGGGUUUAUUAAGAUUUUCUUUUUUUACCG